GCUUGGACGAUGCAGUUGUCAGAGAAGACUGUACAAAAGUUAGUUUUUGAUGCUCGAGAUAGAGGAGUGUUUGUUAAAGGACUGAACCAAUUUAUAAUAAGUGAUGAAUUACAAGUAAAGCCGUCAUCAGUAGAAGCAAGCGUUUCUACUGAUGAGGGCACAAGUUAUCCAAUCUAGGACUCACGGACUGCAGCAACAUUGAGGAGUAUAACUACUACAACAUCGACGUAGGAGUAGAUGAGGUUCUCACUUUGCUCAAGUGCUCACUCGUAUCAAAGAAACCUUUUGCUGAAACAGAAUUCAGCACCAAAGUUCGGCAAAGAAGAUUUUGAUCAGAAUAUCUAUGUUGAAUCUACAGUGGAAGAACCAAAAUCAAAUGUGGACGGGAAGAUUCAUGUAAAGCUUAUCGUCAGCAAAUCCAAGAAAAUUGUUUGUUUUGCCGAAGCAAGUGAAGAAUUUGUUGAUUUAGUUUCCAGUUUCCUAACUGUUCCACUUGGUUAUAUAAUAAAAGAAAUAAAGAGUGGCUUUUCAAAAGGAUCCUUAACUCACCUGUACAAUAGUGUUCAGGAUCUCGAUGCUGAGAAAUACUUUAAAUCUAAUGAGCACAAGGAAAUGCUCAUCAGUCCGAAGCUCGCUCCUAAUUUUAGCUACGAGAACCAUCCUUUAGGCAUUGAGGAAGAUUUGCACCCAACAUACUGUUAUGCAGAGUAUCAUUAUAAUGCUCAGUUGACUUCUGAUGGUGAAAUUCCUUCUGGACCUAAUUGGAGAAGUUCAAUUUUAACUGUCAAGGAUCCUAAGUCUCUUUGUGACUGGAUUAAUAAUGUUUACCGUAACUGACAAUCUGAUCAUCACACCCAUAGCUCAAUUCCAAAGUCUGUAUCUUCUGAACAAAUUGAAAGUACCUUUCAGCGAUAUUGAGGAGCGUGUUGUGCAUGUGGGCCGUGAGAAGGCUUUGCGUCUAUUGGUGGCUUCUUUUGUAUCUGAAUCUGCUUUGACCAAUGCCUUUCUGAGAGAGCCUAAUCCAUAUUUCAACUAAAAUAUGGAAUGUUGUUCAUGUGAAAACUAUUUAUAGUUUGUGUUAAUAUUUGUGUUUGUACUCUGGUAUUCUCUUAGACCAGAAGGUACUCCGUAUAAGUAUGUUACUACAAAGGAUUUGCAUUGUAUCUAUUUAUUGUGAGACAGAUUUCCAAUUUUAGCUCCAAUGUGGAUAGCAUUCAAAAACAAAUGGAAUAUGAUUUGUAAAGAACUGGAUGUAAAUUUGAUUUAU